GGUUCGGUUGUUUAGAAGAAAACGAGCCAGUGUGAUCGGAGAUCGUUAACGGUGUUUCUGCUGGAGUUAAGACGUGGGCUGCGGCCAACAGUAACCCGGAAUAAAGAUCCGAAACGGAAACAACAAGUUGGAGUCAUUAGCAUCUCUUAGAAAAGGCAACAAAAGUGUGUUUUAUAGGUGUGGUGGCUUUUGUUGAGCCGUGGCGGUGCGACACGAACUAGUUUAGCCCAGCAGAAAGGCCCCGCGGCUGGCUGGACCCAGCUCGACACAGCAGCAGAGCGAGUCCACAUCCAGAAGGCUGGAGCCGUGUUUCACUGACAGGCUGUCAGACUAACGCCCUGAUGAGCUCAGCUGGGACAAACUGGUCUGAUGUUUAGGAACACAGAACGCUCAGAUGUUGGAGCUUCACGUCACCUACUGAGGAGCACCAGUAAAGAGACGGCGUCUGGACCAGACCAAAUUUUCUUUAACUCGUGAGAGCAGCGCACCGCACAGAAGCCGGCUCCUUCGCACACGGGGAAAAACGGCAGUACUGGUUUUUCAAAUUUAAGGAAGAAGGAAGAGCUCCUGAAGAACUGAGGCCUCCUUUGAACCAGAAGGACAUGGAGCCCCUCAACAUGAAGCAGGAAGAGGAGGAGCAGCUUGAUGAGAUUAAAACUGAUGCCACCAACAUUUCAUUCUCUGCAGUUUCUCGUCAGUUUAAGGAAGAAGGAAGAGAAGUUCUGUUGUCACAGUUUGAUCAGAACCAACCUAAAGACAGAGAUCUUCCAACCAGCAGCACCACUGACCAGAUGACAGCAGAAAGUGGUAGAGAGGAUUAUGGAGGACCAGAAACUACCAGGAAUCCAGAUCUAAAUCUUUAUGAAUAUGAUUCUAACUCUUCAGAGACUGAAGUCAGCAAUGAUGAAGAUGAUGACCAGGAUGGCAACAAUUCUGACUGUCAGCUGAAACUCUUGUCAGAUUCUGAGCCAAACACCAAAGAUGAUAACAAAGACUUGAAGGAGAGCAGGUCUUCUAAAUCACAUGUUAAGGCUGUCAAAUCUUUCAGCUGCCCAGAGUGUGGUGAACAGUUUCUCCAUGAGCGGUCUCUCCAGAAACACAUGAGAGUGACAAGUCCUUCAGGACUGAAGUCUUCAAGCUGUUGUGUUGAUAAGAAACGUGUUAGAGUGAAGCAAAAUGUAGACUCUAGCAGGAAAGUUCAGACAAAACUAAAAUCAUUUAGUUGUGACGACUGUGGAAAAAGUUUCAGCUGCAUAUCUUAUUUAAACAUUCACAUGAGAAUUCACACUGGACAGAAGCCUUUUGCUUGUGAGCUAUGUGGACAAAGAUUUACCCAAAAGACAAGUUUAAACAAACACAUGAGAGUUCACACAGGAGAGAAGCCUUUUACUUGUGAGCUCUGUGGACAAAGAUUUACCCUAAAGGGAAAUUUAGACACACACAUAAGAGUCCAUACAGGACAGAAGUCUUUUGCUUGUGAGCUCUGUGGACAAAGAUUUACCCAAAAGGGAAAUUUAGACAGACACAUGAGAGUCCAUACAGGACAGAAGCCUUUUGCUUGUGUGCUCUGUGGACAACGAUUUAGUGUAAUGUCAAGUUUAAACUUUCACAUUAGAGUCCACACUGGACAGAAGCCUUUUGCUUGUGAGCUCUGUGAACAAAGAUUUAGUGAUAAGUCAAGUUUAUACAGACACAUGAGAGUUCACACAGGGGAGAAGCCUUUUUCUUGUGAGCUCUGUGGACAAAGAUUUACCCAAAAGGGAAAUUUAGACUCACACAUGAGAGUCCACACAGGACAGAAGGCUUUUGCUUGUGAGCUCUGUGGACAAAGAUUUACCCAAAAGGGAAAUUUAGACUCACACAUGAGAGUCCAUACAGGACAGAAGCCUUUUGCUUGUGAUCUCUGUGGACAAAGGUUUAGUCGAAAGACAUAUUUAAACACUCACAUUAGAGUCCACACAGGACAGAAGCCUUUUUCUUGUGAGCUCUGUGGACAAAGAUUUGCUCAAAAGAGAAGUUUAAACUUUCACACGAGAGUCCACACAGGACAGAAUUAAUGAACGUAAAUAAAAUAUAUAUUUUGGGACUUCUGAGGGUGUUGAAUGAAAUGUGCUACUGAGCUGGAAGCUCUUUUAACUAAAAUGAAGAGAGGGUGCUCGCUGCAGAACCACAAAGGCGGAGCUGCACCAGGGUCAGCCCCGCCCAUUCACGCAAACUCAACCUAGCCCACUGACUUCCGUUUUUGUUUUUCAACUUUAUCGCAAACUAACCUGACCCACAUGAAUUACGGCUGUUACUGCUUUACAAAUGUUAAUGCUAUAAGAUAAGAUAAGAUAAGAUGACCUUUAUUAGUCCCACAAGUGGGAAAUUUGUUUAGUUUACAGCCAAGCAAAGUAAAAGUUAUGCUGCAGAGGGAGAAAAACAUUAAAAUACAAUAAGACCGACCGCAAUGAGACAAAAAGAGAAAGAACAGCGAAGCUGUUUACAAGAAGGGACACAGCAGACUGCACUUCUUGAGGACGCUUAGGUCCUUCAAUGUCUGUAGCAAGAUUCUGCAGAUCUUCUACAAGUCUGUUGUUGAGAGUGUAAUCUCUUCAGCCAUCGUCUGUUGGGGUAGCAGCAUCAGAAGCAGGGACCUGAAAAGGCUCAACAGCCUAAUAAAAAAGGCUGGUUCUGUUCUGGGGACGACUGUGGAACCGCUGGAGGAGAUCAUGCAAAGAAGGAUUCUCCAGAGAAUCAAGAACAUGAUGGACAACCCUGAGCAUUCUCUUCACAAGACUGUCCAACAACGGAAGAGUGUCUUCAGUCAGAGGCUUCUUCAGUUUCGCUGCAACACUGACCGCUACUGAAUGGGUUAAAAAAUAAUAAAUAAUAACCAUACUAGAUACAGCUAGAAAUACAGAGUACACUUCAUCCGACAGAUUUGUUGUACAUGACAAAGCCUGAAUAUAUCUCGAAAUGAAAAGGUUUCUUUUAGCGAUUUUCUGCCCACAGCUGCUCUAACAAAACUGUCGUACAACAGCAAGUGGAUUAUCAAAUGUGCUGUGGUAGUCCAGUGGCAAGAUCGUCUGAGUUAAAUUUUGCUUUGCCCUCAGCUGUUGCUGGUUCGAUUCUCCGUGGGGUCGGCAUCUAUCUAUUUAGCCAGAUGAAACAUUUAAUUUGUUUUUAUUUUAGUUGUAAUGUUUAUUUUCAGCAAAAUAUUUAUGUCUCUAAAAGUUCUUUGAAUUUGGUCGUUCCUAAACAGCAUUUUAGUUGAAACUCUGCUCACAAAUGGACUCACACUGGCUAAAUAAACGAAUAAAUAAAUAAAUAAACACAUUAGUCAUUAUAUUGUUAACGGUAUACCAGUAAAUUGUUGUAAACAUAGUACUGGCAAGUGUGGCUAGAAAUGAAGAAAAGGGGUUGUAAACUACCUAAUAUUUCUGCUACUGGGAGGCGAACCUGCGCAAAACUACAUGUCAAUCUACAUCCAUAGCCACUACCCCACCACAUCUGAUAAAAAGUAAGUGGCGUUACUGGUAAUUAUGCUAUCCAGUGUGUCUUUGCAGAUAGGAUGUAUGGUUUAUUGGCGGUGUCUCAGUAGAAGUCAUUUCAGAAAUAAUUUGUCAGAAAAUUCACAGAAUAUCCAGAUUUGAGAACCAAGACCAGACCCACUUCAGGGGAGGAGACCAAAUUGAAGCUGAGAUGGGAGGAAAAUGCAUGAAUGAGGCCAAAAAUGGCUUUGGCGUGUUUCUUAUGAGGAAAUGACAAUAUAACAUGAUAAAAAGUUCCAAAAGUUAGAUUUUUAAUUAUAUGGAACCUUUACAAAAACUGUUCAAUUAACUUCUCAACUCUGUCCUCAAUCUUGCAUUGUAGAUGAUAUUAGCUAUAACACCCUCUUUGGUUCCAGAAUGCUAUCAAGUCUGACAACUGGAAGGAAUUGGACUGACUCUGAUGAAAUGGGCGGGGCUGAUUCUGGUGCAGCUCCACAUUAUGGUGCAGCUCCGCCUUUGUGGUUCUGCGGCGAGCACCACUUGAAAAUGAAAGGCAGCAGUUUUAUUAAAUGUUUUGUUUUUGGAGAAGAAAAGGUUGAAAAUGAAAUGUUUGCCACUAAAGUGUUUUAUUAAAUCUCUUUGUUCACUAUUCAGUUUGUUGUUCGCUGUUUCUGGAGUUUAAACGUAAAUGCUGAUGUUUUGCAAAGUGAGAAGGCUCGCCAGCAAAGUCACCAGAUUAAUCCACUCAUGUAAUUAUCUGUCAUGCAAAUAAACCUGAUCAAAAAUUAA